AUGAAUCGUUUGGGCGAAACGGAAUCGACGCCGAAAAAGCGUCCUCUGAAGGUGGAAGACAUUGUUUUGAAAGAUGCAAUCACGAAAUCUGGUCGAAAGAAAAUCCACCGCGCCAAGGGCAAAAAAGACACCGAAGCAGCCGGUACACCCGGAAAGCGGGCAGCGGUAAAAGAGCCAGCUUCGCCGGAAGAGGUAAGACGCUCACGCAAAACCAUUACGUCGGCCAGAAAAGCAGUGAAAGAACCAGCGGGCACACCGAAACGGCACGAGCCAAAGGAGCCGAAGCCAAGUGCAUCCACGGUCGACGAGGGUGCUGGUAUCUCUAAAUCGGGGCGCAAAAUAAAAGUCCCUGUCAAGUUGAUGGAAUUCGAGAGUGAGGUGUUAACCAGUCCUCGCAAAAUACUUGUAUCGGAAAGAGAAGAGCCAACCAAGGUUAAGGCUGCUAAAACUCCCGGGCGAGCUAAAACUCCGGCCAAGGCGGCAGUCAGCACCAACGCUGGUGAAGACGAAGCAAAGCAGCGGAAGACACCGGGACGGCGCGCCAAAUCCGUAGUGCCGGAUGAGCCGGAAGUAGAAAAGAAGAGUGUAGCGUUGGCGGCUAGGACUCCCCGACGCAAAGCUGCAACCGCUUUAUUUGGCGAUGAGGCGGCCGAUGCUUUACGACCGGAAAGCCCUGUGCCGGAACUGCAAUCGCUCCCGAAGACUCCAGGGAAACGAGCAGCCAAAUCUUUGAUGGGUGGUUCCGCUGUAAAAACAUUACGCACUGACAGUCCACCGACUGCCGAACCAAUUCCGCCAAAAACUCCUGGCCGUUUGGGCCGUCCCAAGGCGGUAGCAGUUGACAAAGAUGGGAAGAGCGGGUCGGAAACGGAUGCAAAAGAUAACAUAAAAGCUGCACCAACUCCCGGACGGCGUGCUGGUAGAUCCACGAUAAAUGUAGCAGCAAAACUAUCGCGUGAGGAAAGUCCUACUUUGGAGCUAGUUGUACCUAAAACACCGGGGCGCAGGGUUGGAAAAUCGGUCGUAAAUGUGCUGCAUGCUGAAAGCGCCAUUGUGGAGCAAGUGGCCCCCAAAACACCAGGCCGUCGUAAGAUGGAUGCUGUUGUGGACACUGAAAAUGAUUUGUCAGAUGUGAACGUAUCAAAACGUGUCUCAAAAACUCCCGGCCGUAGAUUGGACAAAAAGGAGAAACUACUAUCUGAAGAACAGAUUUCGGAUACGGAUUCCACGGGCAGUGCAUCACAUAAACCUGAUUCCGCAAUUCAAAAGGACCCAUCUCUCGCAUCCGAAGAGGCUCUGUCACGUUCGGGCCGAAAAAUUAAGCCAAAAAGAGUGUUUGGGUUUGAAAUGACAAUGGAACCGACUGUGUCGGAUGGUAAAGCUUUGAACGAUAGUAGAAGGAAAAGAAAGGUUGAUAGCACUGACGAAGCAUCCAUCGAGACGAUUUUGUCACCAACAAAAAAGAAGAACACGGGUAGUGCCUCUGCCAAGGUGGAAACACCAAAGCAAAGCAGCGGAUUGGACAGUGUUGCAGAAUCAGUCCAAAUCGAAAAUACCCCCGAUGGGACGGUUUCACGAUCCGGAAGAAAAAUCAAACCGAAGAAAAUGUUUGGAUUUGAGGAUGGGGAUAGUGACUCCUUUGUCCACAUCACAGGCUCCUCUUCCCCUACAUUAAUCGAUGAAAAAAUGGAUGAAGCUAGCGGCGUAGACGGUACCGUACAGAAACAUGCAAGUGAAACCGCUAAAACUAAUGCCACUGGCACACCAUCCAAGAGCGUACCGUUGUCAGCAAAAAUCGCGAAAAAAGCCUCCACCCUUCCCGUGGAGAUUGACCCACAACAGGUUAAGGAGCGGAAGCAAAAUGAUUUUAUAACCAGACGAGGUGUGGAUGAUCACCAUCAUUCAAGCGACCAAACGGAUUGUGUCCAGAUCGGCACGGAACCGGUCAUCCUCCGUACUUCUAUUGGUUUUGGUAAACCUACGACAGCAAAGGAAAUGCCGUUGGUAGAAAGUGCAAAAUUAAAAGGCGAUGCCAAGGCUACCGAAAGCGUAACACCAAAACGCGACAAAACAGUGGAGGAUGGCAGCAGCAGUCGAUCUGGUCGGAAAAUAAUACCAAAAAAGUUUUUCGAUGCAGAUGAUGUACCAUCCUCUGGGCGCAAAUCGAAGGUUGCCGUUCCGUCCGCUCAAGGGAAGCUUCCUGUAUUGACACCAGAAGAGGGAGAAACUGGACAAGCGACACCCUCUGUCGAACAGGAAAUAGAUGCGGAGGGAAGUGUUUCUUUACAAAUGGAAAUUGCUGGGGAUUCUGCAGUAAAGGGCGAAGCUGGGGGUGAUAGUGUAUCUGUUGAAGGGGUAUCUGCUGAGGAAACUAAUGUUUACGUAGGAACGAAGCAAGCAGAAGAACCGAAUGUAGUAACGAAAGAAACUCUUGAAUCGGGCAUAGACACUGCUACUAAAUUAGAAACGGAGUAUGAAACACCUCCAGCACCGGUCGAUGAAGAACAACAGCAGAUUGGGAAGGGUAAAGAGCAGGAAGAUUGCUUCAAGGAUGGGGAUAGUGUUUCAAGGGCAGAUAUUGUUGAAGUGGGAAUGGAUUCAAAGAAACAGGAGGAUGAAAUUAAUGCACAAGAAGAGAAACCGGAACACAAUGUUGAGUUGAUAGCGCCCGUAGAGACAAAUGAAUCACCCUCCUCUCAGCAAACUGACACAGCACCUGUAAUCUCAGACGAACAACCCAAUAGACCGGACGGUGAAGCAUCGGGCGAAACAGGCGACAUAUUGAGUUCUGAUAAAAUAGAUAAUGUCAUCUCAGAAGCAGAACGAUCAGAAUCAACGAUCAAACAGCACGUUGAAGGUGAAGGUGCGGCAUUGAAUGAAACCUCGCUAGAGCAGCAAAACAAAGAAAUUUCUACAGUUGAAAAAACACUGGAGAGCAUAACAAAUUCCGCAACAGAUAAUGAAAUGAACACUACAAACGAUUGCAAAACCGUCCCCGAGAAUAAUGUUGAUGAGUCGGCUCUAAAUGCUGUCGUUGAGGAGCCUGGGUCAGAGCGAGUGUCCGAAGGUGUUCCCACAGCAAAUGUCAUAUCAAAGGUUGCGACACCGGAAGAUGAUGAGAUGCUAGCGAAUACCUCAUUUGGAGGAAUCGAAUAUUUGGAAGAUCAGGUGAACAAUAUCGCUGAGUGCAUCAAAAACCCAUCCCCGGCGCAUGAGGCUAGCGAUGCGUCGAUGUUGGAAGAAUCUACUGACCCUUCGUCGAAUCCAUCGACAGUAACCAUGCCUGCCGUCAAUGAAAUGAAUGAAACGUUUUCACCCGUGAAACCGAACCAGGUGUCGUCGUCUUCCGGUGUUCCUGUCAUUGAUAUAACGGCCGACACUCCUCGCCCGGUGGUUGCUGUUGCUGCAGCAGCAACUGCUGCUGCUACGCCACGUACGCCAGAAUCUAUAUCAGCUGUACAGGCAUCAGCGGACAAAUGCUCACCGGAUAAGGCACCGGAAAUUAUUGAAAUUAUGGACAGUCCGGCGGUGGCGGCAUUUUGCAACGAGAAGAACACUGAACUUCUGCGGAGCGAAAAAGGUGGCAGUGUGACAAGUACGCCCAAAUUCGUGGUAUCGUUAGAUGAAGAAGCCCACGAAACACAAGAGGAGCUGCAGCGAGCGGGUCGUAAACGAUCACUAUCCACCAGUGCAGUCGAUACUACAAUGAAAAGAAAUGUUACAUUUCAUAGUCCGGCAAACAGCACCGUGCUGGUCGAAACGAUCGACGAACGAUUGGUACAGAAAAGCUUGCAGGGCCAGCAGCAGCAAGAACGAGCAGAAGGAAAUGAGAGCAGUCAUGGCACAAGCAUCGGGGAAAAGUUGCGCAAGCCACGAAAGCGCUCACUGUCUGAGCAUAAAUCAUCCGAUCUGAAGCGAAACAACAAGAUCAGCAAGUUGCCGAACUUUAAAAACAUUCACGCAAACCAUUUCAAUCGCAUGGAAUCGAUCGCAGAUUUCAUGAAGCGCAAAGAGACCCGAGCUAAACAUAUACUCGCAUCGGCCAGUCCGGCAACAAAGAUUCCUGCCCGACCCGUUGCCGCUACAAAUGAUUCCAGCACAGCUGAAGCACCACUAUCGGGCAAGAAAGAAGCAUCAUCAUCCACGACGAAACCUUUCCUUUUCAAAUCAGCUGGUGGUAGGGGCAUACCAGUACCCUCGGCAGGACUGUUCGUGUCUGGUAUCAAGGGAGCACCUUCAACGUCAACCGCAGUAAAGGCACCUGGUGCGGCUGAUCGUCAUGUGCCGUCCACGACAACGGCAACCAGUACCACCGCCAAGAAGCCCAUCCGAAGUGAUGCGGAUAAGAUGGCUAACCGAUUGAAGCAAUUCCAGGCAACAUUUAAACCGAAACAUAUUGCACCUGAUACAAGUGCCGCCUCUGCUGGGGCCUCGGGAGCGGCGAUCACAAGCGCUGUCGGAGGACAUCCGGUUGAGCAACUGCGCUCAAAACAAUUGAAGAUUUUGAAAGGCGUACGCACGAAUCGUCGAUUUGAGCUGCAGAUGAAACACCGAGACCAGCAGCAGUGAAAGGCUCGGAAGGUUCGACCCAUUUAGGCCGGCCGGAAAAUAAGAGGAUGGAUGUACCUAGCAUCUCAUAUAUUAUUAUUUUUAGACUUUGUCCUGAGUUAUGUUUACUAAUUGAUGUUUCUAUAUUAACUUUGCUUCGUUCUUUUGGUGGUAUCGAUGGAAAGAAGGCCAGGCUGCUUUUUUUUAACAGAAUUAUUAUCACGUACUAUAUAAGAGAGUUCUUUUUUACACUUUUUGACAUAGAAGAAUUGCCUUAAUGAUAGCAGGAGUAUGGAAGCAUUAACAAUUAUUAAUCUGUUAGACAUUUAAAAGCUCUCAGUUGUAAUACUUUAUAUGAUAACAAUACAAAAAAGAAUACACUGCAACAAAAGGAAAGUA